AUGGGUUUCCAAGGGCAAGGUCCUCAGAGAAGAUAUGAUCCCUAUUCAAAUACAUACAAUCCAGGAUGGAGGGAUCAUUCAAAUUUGAGAUAUGGGAACUCCCAAGGGAACCAACAACAACAAAAUGCUCAAGGCCAGCAACAGUAUCAGCAAUAUAGGGCACCAUUACCCAAACUUCAAGGCCAAAGCUCAAAUUCGAAUAAUAUGUCAACUGAAGAAAUGAUUAGAUCAUUAACUUCUAAUGUUUCUACUAUGCAGCAAAAUAUGGUGCAAUUUCAGCAAGAAACCAGAUCAAGUAUUCAAAACCUAGAGAAUCAAUUUAGUCAAAUCUCUAGUGCAGUAAGCCGACUUGAAGCUAAGGACUCUGGAAAGCUUCCAUCUCAAACGGAGCUGAAUCCUAAGCAACAGGUCAAUGCAAUAACAUUGAGAAAUGGCAAAGAGUUGCAAGAAACUGCAGUUGCAACUAAGAGGGCUAAAGACUUGAUUGGAACUGAAGAGAAAGAAGUAGAACAUGAAGCUGUGGCGAAUCCACCAACUUUUCCCUUUUAUGAACCCACACCACCUUUCCCUGAAGCCUUGCAAGAUACUCGAAGGUAUGAGAAAGACAAGGAUAUUUAUGAGACUUUUAGCAAAUGUGAGGUAAAUAUUCCCCUCUUGAAUGUGAUUAAAAGUAUUCCUCGUUUUGCUAAGUUUAUGAAAGAACUGUGUACUAUCAAAAGAAAGCAUAGGUUGGGAGGAAAAGAGAAGGUAAAGGUGAGUGCUCAUGUUUCUGCGGUUUUCCAAAAGAAAUUCCCAGAAAAAUGUGGUGAUCCUGGUAUGUUUAUUGUUCCUGUUACAAUAGGAGACACCACAUUGCACCGAGCUAUGUUGGACCUAGGUGCAUCAAUCAAUGUCAUUCCCUACUCCCUGUUUAAAUCUUUAAAACUUGGACCUUUACAUGGAACUGGGGUAGUGAUUCAGUUAGCGGAUAGGUCUAAUGUGUAUCCUAAGGGGGUGGUGGAAGAUGUGUUGGUUAAGGUUGAUGGUUUGAUUUUUCCUGCUGACUUUUAUGUGCUUGACAUGGAACAUGACAAACAAGCAGUCCCCAUCUUGUUAGGAAGACCUUUCUUGAAGACUGCUAAAACAAAAAUCGAUGUGUCUACCGGUUCCUUGACUAUGGAGGUUGAUGGGAAAGCAAUUGGGUAUAACAUUUAUGAUUCCAUAAAGUAUCCUGUCAACACUCAUUCUUUAUGUUCUCUUAAUGUUGUCGAUCCAAUGGUGCAUGAUGUUCCUAACAAUGAUCGUGGGGAUGAGUUCCUCACACCUAUAACUAAUGUUGUAUCUGGUGAUUGCUUGGAUUUCUCUAUGCCUACUAAUGUGCAGGUGAAGGUGGGGGAAUUGAAUGAACAUUCCAAGCUUCCACCUAUACCACCAGGUUCAACAAUCGGCCCGUCUGCAAUUCCGGGCAAGAAAUUGUCCCAUUUAUACCACAAAGCAAAGAAUAGGUUGUGGCAUGACAAGAUGAUUGCUAGGAAGAAGGUUAAAGUCGGUGAAAAAGUCCUCCUAUAA